ACGCUCUCGGCCUACUUGGGGGAUGGCUCGCACGAAGCAGACGGCGCGCAAGUCGACGGGCGGCAAGGCCCCGCGCAAGCAGCUGGCCACCAAGGCGGCCCGCAAGAGCGCGCCGGCCACCGGCGGCGUCAAGAAGCCGCACCGCUACCGGCCCGGCACGGUGGCCCUGCGCGAGAUCCGCCGCUACCAGAAGUCCACCGAGCUGCUCAUCCGCAAGCUGCCGUUCCAGCGGCUGGUGCGCGAGAUCGCGCAGGACUUCAAGACCGACCUGCGCUUCCAGAGCUCGGCCGUGAUGGCGCUGCAGGAGGCGUGCGAGGCCUACCUGGUGGGGCUCUUCGAGGACACCAACCUGUGCGCCAUCCACGCCAAGCGCGUCACCAUCAUGCCCAAGGACAUCCAGCUGGCGCGCCGCAUCCGCGGCGAGAGGGCGUAAGUUCUUAACCAAGGAUCGCCGACCUUAAACCCAAAGGCUCUUUUCAGAGCCACCCAAUUAGGUCAACAAAAGUGGCUGUGAACCUUAUAGAUGGUGUUUAGGUGACCAUGGCCAUACUAAGCAUUACUUGAAAGCUGGUUGUUCUGAUGGGUCUUCUACCCGCAAAAGGGUCCGUUUUCGAAAACCAUGUGACAGACUGCAUACGAUCCUGGCAACCCACUUUCCUAGACUAUAUCGUGUGCCUUUACUGAAACGGGGACGACCUUGAACCAGUAGCCGCGGGCAUGAACUGCCCACUUUGAAAGUGCCUAAUUUUGCCUCUAAGAAAUUUGAGCUUUAGGUUACAUCCCCAACUAUCUGGAAACACUUCGAAGAUCAUAGCGUUUACACUAUACAUAACUCAACAAACUUCAGAGCAAUACAGAAUACUGAAUAGUGACAGCUCCAAAUUCCAAAGGCUUCGCUUCAGUUUUCCCCACACCUUUGCUCUCACCCCUAAUACUUCUGGGCUACAUCUGAGAUGGGAGUUGAUGCAUGGACCUAAAUCAGGUGGACAACCAACAAAAAACAAGAUUCACCUUGAAUUGUGUGGUUUGCUUGGAUUGCUUUACA